CUGAGGCUCGAGACCGAGGUCCAGACAUAUCUUUCAGUCCGGGCCAGAGAAGGCAGGUCGGAGACGCCGGAUACAGAGCAUGAAGCCUGACACCGCGGAUGCCCACUGCCUAGCCCUACCGCGGUCCCCAGCGCCGGACCAGGAGCCACCCCAAGCCCCCCAAACCCCUCGCGUACCGCGCCAACCUCUUGGUAGCCAUUCUCCGCUCUCCUUCCUCCUCCCAGCCCAACUGCCGGAAGUCGUCAGACUCCCACUUCCGGUCCGUUCAAAAGCCUGGCGCGGUUGAGCCGGCAGCCGAGGCUGCGGUUCUAUUUGCUACUGAGGCGGAGACUCAUGGAACCCCAGAGGGAGAGGGCCGGGAGGCACCUCAAGAAGGGCAGGAAGAGGAGGCGAGGCCCGAACACGCUGGUCGGGGCGGCUGAGGCGAUGAGAGCCCGUUGGGAACUUGAGGAGAGUCAGCCUGAGGCCAAGAAAGCCCGCUUAUCUACCAUUUUAUUUGCUGAAAACUGUGAAGUAACACAUGAACAGUUAUGUGAAUUGCUGAAGUAUGCAGUUCUGGGCAACUCCAAUGUUUCUAAACCCAGUUGGUGCCAGCUUUUUCACCAAAACCAGCUGAACAACGUGGUGGUUUUUGUACUGCAGGGAAUGAGCCAGCUACACUUUUAUAGGUUCUAUAUGGAGUUUGGAUUUCUCCGAAAGGCAUUCACACAUAAAUUCCGCUUGCCUCCUCCAUCAUCUAAUUUUCUAGCUGAUAUCAUUGGACUGCAAAAGAAAGAAACAACUGGGGAUCUAUCCAAGAUGGUGAAAGGGUCUUUACCUUCUACCAGUUCAAAAGUCAGCAUCAGCCUGCGGAAUGACCCUAUUAUUCAAAAAUAUGGCUCUAAGAAAGUGGGCUUAACCAGAUGCCUUCUCACAAAGGAGGAAAUGAAAACAUUUCAUUUUCCAUUACAAGGUUUUCCAGACUGUGAAAACUUUGUACCUACCAAAUGUCAUGGUUCUAUAACAGACAACAGUCCUCUCUUUGGACUUGACUGUGAAAUGUGCCUCACAUCCAAGGGGAGGGAGCUAACACGCAUCUCACUGGUUGCUGAAGGAGGCUGCUGUGUUAUGGAUGAACUUGUUAAACCUGACAACAAGGUUCUGGACUACCUUACCAGCUUUUCAGGAAUUACAAAGAAGAUUCUUAACCCAGUGACAACCAAACUCAAAGAUGUACAGAGACAGUUAAAAGCACUGCUUCCUCCUGAUGCUGUGUUAGUGGGCCAUUCAUUAGGCUUGGAUCUCAGAGCGCUAAAAAUGAUACAUCCAUAUGUUAUUGAUACAUCAUUGCUUUAUGUCAGAGAGCAGGGCAGAAGAUUUAAGCUAAAGUUCUUAGCCAAAGCUAUUUUGGGGAAGGAUAUACAGUGUCCAGAUAGGCUUGGUCAUGAUGCCACAGAAGAUGCUAGAACAACCCUUGAAUUGGCUCGGUAUUUCCUUAAGUAUGGCCCAAGGAAGAUUGCAGAACUAAAUCUGGAGGCACUAGCUAGUCACCAAGAAUUGCUAGCAGCAGGCCAAGGGCCAAGAAAUACAGCAGAAGUAGUUCAGCAGUCAAACACAAGUGUUUUAGAAUGCUUGGACUUAAUGGGUCAGAGACUCCUUUUCUUGACCCGGGAAGCAGAAACUAGUGAACUUUCUUCUUCCAGAAACUGUCAAACUAUUAAGUGCCUUACAAAUAAAGAGGUUCUUGAGCAGGCCAGAGUGGAAAUCCCUCUGUUUACCUUCAGCAUCGUCCAGUUCUCUUUUGAACCUUUUUCAUACAAACUCACUGAGGAGAUGAACAAGAGGAUGAGGAGCAAGUGGACAGAGAUGUCAACUGUUUAUGCUGGGCCAUUUAGCAAAAAUUGCAACCUCAGGGCUGUGAAGAGGCUUUUUAAGAGCUUUGGCCCAGUCCAGUCAAUGUCUCUUGUUCUUGAAACCCAUCAGCCACAUCUGUGUAUUCAGUAUGAAGUUCUGGAAGCUGCCCAGCUGGCCAUAGAAUCCUUGGAUGGCAUUCUGGUAGAAAGUACCUGCAUCAAGGUGCAGAGGCCUGUGACGGAGCUCACUCUUGACUCUAGCACUCUUGUGAAGGAGCUAGAACAAGAUUCUGAGAACCGAGGUACUAUAUACCUGUCUGGAGUGAACCAAACCUUUAAAGAACACCUAUUGCAGCAGUCCAACAUUUUCCUUGGCCUGGAAGCUGUGAUCUUGCCUAAAGAUCUUAAAAGUGGAAAGCAAAAAAACUACUGUUUCCUGAAAUUCAAAACUUUUGGCAGUGCCCAGAGGGCUCUCAACAUUCUCAAAGGCAAGGACUGGAAGCUGAAAGGCAGGCAUGCCUUAACCCCCAGGCAUCUCCAUGCUUGGCUCAGGGGCAUACCUCCUGAAUCAAGAAGGACCCCAGGGGUUCGUGUCAUACCUCCCCCUUCAGAGCAACAGGCCUUACAGGUUCUGAAGGUGGACCACCCAAAGAUAGCAGCCUGGCGCUGGGGCCGGAAGAUAGGAAAGCUCUACCACAGCCUGAGCCCGGGCACUCUCUGCCUCAUCCUAUUGCCAGGAACCAAGAGCACUCAUGGAUCAUUCUCUGGCCUAGGACUGAUGGGAAUAAAAGAUGAAGAGGAAAGCACCACCCCAAAAAUAUGUUCGUGAGUCUGACCAUCAUUUUCCAUGUGCCAUUUAUCAUCCUUUGUGGACAGUGGCAGAGAAUGUGGUCAGGCUGCAGCCUCUCUGUCCAGCAGACAAGCUUUUGUGGAAAUGGUAUACUACCUAAGAAGUUUAGUCCUAACGUUUAUAUGGCAUGUACAAAUUUUCAAUAAAUGCCUACAAUUCAAGCA